CGCGGCAGCCGCCGCCGCCGCCGCCGCCAUGGAGGCGAAGCCGGCGGACCCGCUGCUCUGCGACAGCCUCAUCCUCUGGCUACAGACAUUCAAUACAGCUGCACCCUGCAGGGAUGUCCAGGACUUGACUAACGGGGUUGCCAUGGCUCAGGUGCUUCACCAAAUAGAUGUUGCCUGGUUUGAUGCAUCUUGGCUCAGUCGCAUCAAAGAAGAUGUUGGUGACAACUGGAGAAUAAAGUCCAGUAAUUUGAAGAAGAUACUGCAAGGAAUUAUGGACUACUAUCAUGAGUUCCUGGGUCAGCAGAUUGCAGAAGAGCUUAUUCCAGACUUGACCCGGAUAUCUGAGAACUCGGAUCCCACUGAACUGGGCAGGCUCCUGCAGCUUAUUUUGGGUUGUGCAGUCAACUGUGAGAGGAAACAAGAACACAUACAGAAUAUCAUGACCCUUGAAGAGUCUGUUCAGCAUGUUGUCAUGACAGCCAUUCAAGAGCUCAUGAGCAAGGAAGUAACAAGUGCUUCCCCAUGUGAUGCAUCAAGUGAAGUGGAACAGCAGCUUAAAAAAGCCUUGGAAGAUCUUCAGGAAGCACGAGCAGAAAAAGAGGAGUUGGCACAAAGAUGUCAAGAGCUGGAUCUGCAGGUGGCUGCCCUCCAGGAUGAGAAAAACAGCUUGAUAUCAGAAAAUGAGAUUAUGAAUGACAGACUAGAGCAAUUAGACGACUCUCUUGAUGAUCCAAAUACUGUGGUUGCAAAAAAGUAUUUUAGUGCACAGUUGCAGCUGGAACAAUUGCAAGAAGAAAACUACAGGCUUGAAGCUGCAAAAGAUGAUUAUCGUGUCCAUUGUGAAGAUCUAGAAAAGCAAUUGAUUGAGCUACAACAUAGAAACAAUGAACUGACCUCUCUGGCAGAAGAAUCGAGAGCCUUGAAAGAUGAAAAUGACAUUCUUAGGGCUACUGCAGACAAGGCAAGCAAGCUGGAGUCGACGGUGGAAGUGUAUCGGAAGAAGCUGCAGGACCUGAACGAUUUCCGCAGGCAGGUCAAGUCCCUGCAGGAGACCAACAUGAUGUACAUGCACAACACCGUCAGUCUGGAGGAUGAGCUCAGGAAAGCCAACGCAGCACGAGCCCAGCUGGAAACCUACAAAAGACAGGUCCAGGAGCUUCAUAACAAACUGUCUGAAGAAUCCAAAAGAGCUGAUAAGCUGGCAUUUGAAAUGAAGAGACUCGAAGAAAAAUACGAAGCUUUAAUGAAAGAAAAAGAAAGACUGAUAGUGCAGUGUGACACAUUAAGAGAGACAAAUGAGGAGCUCCGGUGUGCACAGAUGCAGCAGGAUCACCUGAGUCAAACAGGUGAAAAAAGCCAUGAGAAUCUUGCUGCUGAAAUUCUGCCAGUGGAAUAUAGAGAAAUGUUUAUUCGGCUGCAGCAUGAAAAUAAGAUGCUCCUGCUGAAACAGGAGGGAUCAGAAAAUGAACGGAUUGCUGAGCUCCAGGAAGAGCUGGAGCAGAAGCACCGGACAGUGAACGAGCUGGAAACUGAGAAAAGGCUCAAUGAAGAGCGUAUUGGAGGAUUACAGCAGCAGAUUGAAGAUCUGCAGAAGACUUUACAGGAGCAGGGUUCCAAGACUGAAGGAUCCAGCAACCUGAAGCAGAAAUUGGCAGCACACAUGGAAAAGCUGAACGAGGUUCAUGAUGAGUUACAGAAGAAAGAGGCUGAUCUUGCAGAGCUCCAGCCUGAUGACAGUCAGAACCCCCAGAAGAUCGGAGAGCUGGAAGCAGCUUUACGAAAAAAAGAUGAGGAUAUGAAAGCAAUGGAAGAAAGAUACAAAAUGUACCUUGAAAAAGCAAGGAAUGUGAUAAAAACCUUAGACCCCAAGCUAAAUCCAGCAUCAGCAGAAAUUAUGUUGCUCAGAAAACAGAUACUGGAAAAAGACAAAAGAAUUGAAGCACUAGAGAAUGAGUACAAAAUGGCCAAGCUACGUGACUAUGAGGAAAAGCUGAUUGUAACUGCAUGGUACAACAAGAGCCUGAGUCUGCAGAAGCUGGGCAUGGAAACCAGGCUGCUGAGCAGCAGCGGCAGCUGCGGGGCCGGGCCCGGCCGCUCCUUCCUGGCGCAGCAGCGUCACGUCACCAACACCAGGAGGAACCUCACUGUUAAAGUACCAGGUGCAACAUCUGAUUGAACACGAGGACAUGGAGAAAACUCA